CUUUUCUCGACACAGAGCUGAAACGGAAGUAGUGGAGUUUGCGGGUAACUUAAUUUUUCUGAACGGUAGUGAUGUGAGUUUAGGUCAUCCUGGAGUCUGAAGAAAUGAUCACGGCCUGUGACACCCAGGACUUUGUUCCAUUUGGCCGAGAAUAUGUCCACCAGCAUCCUGGGAAAUUCCAGAUACAGGUCCAGAAUGUUGCACACAGUGAGCCUGGGCUGCCUCUGCUGAAGUCUUUCAGGGACAUCUCCAUACAGGAUAAUGGAAAGAAGGAGCAGUGGACAUUCAAUGCGUCAAGAGGUGGUGAGAGCAGUAAAGGCUGUGAUGAGGAGUUAUACGUGAACGGGCACACAGUGGUCUGGAGCCGCGGGGGACAAGAUGGCUGCCGGACUGUGGUCAAGACUUUCACCAUGGACACACCUGUCAUACAGGCACUCUGGUGUAGAUUUGUAGUUCCAGAAAGUUCCAUUUCAGAUGAGAUCUAUACAACUCUUGACACUAAAGGGAAGGUUCAACCUGGCGUGUGUGUGGUGGAGUCUGGCUGUGUUAGCUGCUUCAUGGAAGGAGGCAGUGACUACCUCGCUGCACUGCCUUUCCAGGUUGCCCAUGUGUGGGGAAUUAAGAAUGGCCUGCUGUUUGAACGAACUGUCUCACCCUCUGAGUUCAACACCUCAAAGACUGAUGCUCCCAAUCAGACGACAGUGUUCAGUAUGCUUCACCCCCUAGAUGAAGUGGCACCUGUCAUCAUCAAAACUGGAGGGACUGUGGGUGUGACCAAGACAUCAUACCUCACAGAUAACACCCGGCAUAUUGUGUUCACAAGUGAGGACCCAUCACUCAUAUUCACCUACGACACCAUGACGGGAGUACACUCUGCCUGGAAAGUCCGCAAAGCAAGGCAGGAGGAGUGUGAAGCUGUGUCCAACACCUGGGACCAUAACAACAGCCACAUGUUCACCCCCGGUCAGAACUUCAACCAGUCGAGCAGCAACCUGUCCCGUCUCUAUGGCAGCAUGUCUGGGGUGGCCUCACCCAUGGUGUCCCCGAUGAGGAACUACUCCGGACGCAUAAACACGCCUCACCUCAUGUCUCAUUCACAGAGCCCACUGACCAUCAGCCAGCCAGGCAUUGACAGGAGAUCCCAGAGCCCUGCCAACUUUGGAGACACUUCUUUGCACCGCCUUCACACACCCUCACCCCAGGUCAUUUCUCAGAGGUCAGCGGGGUCAUUUUACCGCUCCCCUGCCAAUAUGUCCAUCCUCAAUGAGGGAACCACAACAGAGUGGAUGGAGCCAAUCACACCAGAGAUCUGUCUGGAACAUAUCUGGACUGAAAAUGCUCCUGCCAUACGUGAUGGAUCACUAGGAAAGUCUUCAAAGGCAUUUUUCACGAGAGAUCUAUGUGGCCAGCAGUAUAUUUGCUACUUGAUUUCUUAUCGUCAGCAGUUACGAUGUGUAAAGUUUGAUGACAGCAAUGAUUUAAGAACAUUUGUGUUUGGAACUGUGAACAUUAUACCUUGCAAGGAUGCUGUGCCAGUGGAGAGUAAAGACUUACUGAUAAUACUAGACACAAGUGGGGUACUGUUUGUUUACAGUGGAAUAACAAAAAUAAACAGAUUGCAUGUACCUGUCUUGCCACUUGGGAACAUCUCAAUAAGCAUGUUACGCCAGAAUACUCCCCUACAUAGCCCUGUCAGAGGCGGUGUGUUCACUUCUAGUCGACCCCCUAGUGCCAUGGAAACUCGAUUUGAUGAGGACUUCCAGCUAAACCAGAUCUCCCCAGUCCCUACAGAACUGGAAGAAGAAUCCUCACACUUUGAGGAGUUUCCUUUAGGCUGUGGUUUUAUUCACUCUCUCAGGGACAAUAUUCAGGAUAGGUUCACCAUUGAGCUGACUAACGGCCACAUGUUUCGAUGCACCAUACCAGAUAUGAACAGCUCUUCUGGUGUCAGCCUCUGUAUUCGAGGCCUUAAACACAUGCUGCCCAGAGACCUCGCCAUACAGAUGAUGGGUCGCUGGUACACGGCCAGGAACUCCCCUGGGGCUGUGGGGACACAGAGUGAGUGGGACAUGUUUAGAAAGUGUCUACUGGGCAUGAUGGGAUAUGACACUGGAAAACUGGCUAUUAUAAGCAAGGGUGAUAUAGACUCAGAAUCACUAUCCCCAGUGUCUGCCAAGCGGGCACGCACCUCCGACCACGGCACAGAUGAGGACUGGGAGUAUGUGCUUGGAUCAGAGCACCACAAUAUGGUCUCCAGCUCUCUGGUCAGCUGUCUGGGGCUGUCAGAGUGCCAGCCUGUACCUAAUGCCAGUCCCCCACCCCAGCAGACGACAAUCAACACAGCAGCCAUACUGUUCACGUACAUCCCAGCAUGCUUCACUGCCCUCCAUCUUGUAUAUGAAGAAAUGAAGUUGAACACCCUUUUGCUGGAAGACCUGGGGCACCUGUCAGUGUUGCUAUGGCAACUGGCGAGUGACCUACACUGUCACCUAUACACAGAUUACUACCUUAGGGACUUCCCCAAACUUACACUACAGCCCGAACACCCCAGCCAGGUUAAGGAAGAGCACCUGCAGAAGCUUCAGUACCCUUCUGUGUUCAGCAGCGAGGUUCCAUCCGUGUUCUGCUGGAUACUCAAGUCUAUGGAGGGGCAGGCCCCACCCCCUGUCCUCUACAUACCCAAUGUCUGUGUCAAUCUGCAGAAUGUUGUCUCGUUGUAUGCUCUCCUACUGAACAAGCAUAUGGGGACAGAACAGGCCAUAAAGAAAUGUCUACGUAAAGUGCCAUCUUCAGUUUUAGCUGAAGGUCAUCGAGCACCGACAUGUGACAUCUCCAUGUCUCAGAGCUUCCAUCGCUCCAGCCCCACCCAGAACUACCUGGAAAGACUCGUCCUUUAUAUGACACAGAUCGGUUUGACAGAGAAGGAGCUUAUGUACCUGCCAGUAGGGAUAUCCCUUCCCCUGAGGGAGGCUGUGUUCCGAUGUCGAUGCAACCCUCCCUCUGAUUGGCCAGAGGAGGCAUACACUCUCAUUGGACGAGAAGACAUUAGCAAGCUGCUGUCCCUGCAUACUCGUGAGCAAGUGGCCCCACCCCCAGGAAUCUUCAAACGAAAGCCCCACCCUCCAGUCAACCCACAGGUACCAGGGACCAAGGAGGAAGAUGAUGGGAUGGAACACCUCGAUGAUGAGUACCUAAGACUGCGGUACAGCGAGGACCUGCGGGUCCAGGAGGCACGGCGUCUCAUGCAGUCGUCCCGGCCAGUCGUAAUUGCCCUCACCCAGAAACCGGAGAUUAGUGACCAUGACUUCAUCGAGGAGCAAGAGCGACAUCUAUACUCUAUCUGUACACGCACCAUGGCCCUACCGACCGGCAGGGGCAUGUUCACCCUGAGGACGUACUACCCGGUCCCCACGGAGACCCUGCCGAUCCCCAAACUUUGCCUCACUGGAAAGGCACCACCCAGAAACACAACAGUGGACCUGUCCCAUAUAGAUGUGGUAGCGAACAUGACGUCCUGGCCACUCUUCCACAAUGGGGUUGCGGCUGGGCUCAGGAUUGCUGACUUCUCUCAGCUUGACUCGUCAUGGAUCAUGUUUAACCGGCCCCAGACCAACGAUCUGACUAAUGAGUAUGCAGGGUUCCUGAUGGCCCUGGGGCUGAACAAACACCUUGUUAAAAUGCAUAUCCUGAAUAAACACGACUACCUGAGCAAGGGCCAUGAAAUGACAACCAUUGGAUUGCUACUAGGAAUAUCUGCUGCUAUGAGAAGUUCCAUGGACCUGGCAACAUACAAGAUCCUGAGUAUUCACCUGCCUGCAAUGUUGCCCCCAACGUCCACCGAACUGAAUGUGGCCCAUAAUGUCCAGGUGGCAGCUAUAUUGGGCGUUGGCCUCCUAUUUCAGGGCACAGGUCACCGGCACACUGCUGAUAUAUUACUUGCAGAGAUAGGCCGCCCCCCAGGCCCAGAGAUGGAGAAUUGCACAGACAGGGAGUCAUACUCCUUAGCAGCAGGGCUCGCCCUGGGGCUCGUCAUGUUUGGUAAGGGUCAAGAAACAAUGGGAACUUCGGACCUGAGCAUGGCGGACACCUUGUACCACUUCAUGGUGGGUGGGCACAAGCGCCCCCUGGCAGGCCCUGCUCAGGAGAGGUACCGCACCCCCAGCUACCAGAUACAGGAGGGCAACAUGGUGAACGUUGAUGUCACCUCUCCGGGGGCCACCCUUGCAUUGGGCAUGCUCUACUUUAACACCAAAAACAGCGCUGUUUCAGAGUGGCUGAAAGUACCGAACACCCAGUUUAUGUUGGACCAGGUGAGACCUGACUUCCUCCUCCUGCGAACACUAGCACGUGGGCUGGUCAUGUGGGACACUGUCCUCCCAACCAUGGACUUCCUCAAGGACGCCAUUCCUCAAAUACUUGUCGAUUUUGCUUUCCAAAAAAACAAGACACAGGAAGACGAAAAUAGCAUUGACUAUGAGACAAUGAGUCAUGCGUAUUGCAAUGUUGUUGCUGGUGUCAGUUUGGUGAUUGGUUUAAAGUUUGCAGGAUCAGCCAAUCAAAAGGCAUUUGAGACUCUUCAGGAGUGUAUGGAUAGGUCUCUGAAAGUGAUCUCAACCCCACACUUGAUUGAACAAGCCGGGAAGACGACAGUGGAGAACUGUAUGAUGACUAUAUUGGUUUCCAUGGCAAUGGUUAUGGCGGGAACAGGUAGUCUUGAGGUGAUGAGGAUGUGUCGUAUGUUUAGAGGUCGAGUGGGACCCCCGUACAACCAGUAUGUAACAUAUGGUUCUCACAUGGCCAUCAGCAUGGCAAUGGGACUACUUUUUCUAGGUGGUGGAAAGUACACCCUAAGUACAAAAGAGGAAUCUAUAGCAGUUAUGUUGUGUGCAUUCUUCCCGAAGUUUCCAACCCAUAGUAAUGACAAUCGAUACCAUUUGCAGGCUUUCAGACAUCUGUAUGUGCUUGCUUCAGAGUUACGGACAAUGUUACCAAGGGAUGUGGACACUGGAUAUCCUUGUUAUAUUCCGGUGGAAAUAAAAUUUAAGGACACUGAAUACUACAAGAAUGUUUCCUAUAAGACCUCAGCUCCAUGCACAUUGCCAGAUCUGGACCUUUUGGAGGAAAUUAAAAUACUUGGGCCACGGUAUUGGCCAAUUGUGUUUAACUGUUACAAGAACUGGGACAGUUUGAAGUCCUUAUUGCGACACAAUGGGACACUGUACGUGAAACAGAGGGCAGGGCACCUUUCAUAUGUUGAGGAUCCUAAUGGUUAUCGCAGCAUGCUAGCCAAGUCCCUCACUGCUGACCACUCCGCGCAGACCUGUGUCAAGCCAGAUGUAAUCAAGGCGUUCACAUCAGAUCCGAAGAUCCUCGCCCUGACAAACUUCUUCUUCAAGGGCCAGGGCCAAGGGGGAAGUGAGCUGCUACAGGUGCUGUCUGAUGUCCUGUAUGAAUGUGUGACCAUGGAGAAACCAGAGGCUGUCCCUACACACAUACAUCUUGACCAGAUCAGCCGGAGAGCCGAAUGUCAGUCCUCGUCGCUGGGAAUCAGCCAGCUGAAGCUUAUUUACGCCUACUACAAUUUGGAGCACUCUACCACUCUGCAGGGAACCAACUCACUCUUUCACACCACCACUGAGGAAGAGUUCCAGGGAAAACAACUCCUGAAACCAGACUUCAUUCUGGCUGUCACUAGCAAGCUGAAAAAAGUUUUUCAGAACUGGUUGCAAGGUAAUGAGGGGUGCCUGUUGCGCUAUCUAAAGGGGGAGAGUGUACAGGGAAUGGACACUGGUCAUCUAGCGGCCCUCUUGCUGUGGUAUGACCUUCCCCACCCAGGGCACCUCAGCAACAUCAACAUAGAUGGCCGUCCGAGUUUGCCAGCGCUUCAUGCAGCCCUACCCCAGCUUCAUGCCAGCAUGCUCAUGGUGCUGCUCACUGCCUGGAACAGCCACUCCUGACACCAGAAAUACGGGGGAGGGAAAUUUGGAGCGCUGCCAUAAGGGAACCAUUCUAGUGUCAUUUGAACUCACAGUCAUGUGGGACAUUUGAACAAAGUUAUCUCAAUGGACAUUUGAUGGAUAUGCUGACACUGUACAUUAAAAGUGAAGAAAUUGUAAAGAUAUUAAAAUAAGUAAUAUUCUAUUCAGCUGACAUUAUACAUUUAUAGAAUCAUGAAUCUCUGUUUUGUAUUGAAAUAAAUGUGAACAAAG